UAUUUUCAUCAAAGAGUGACGCAUCAGGACAAGAGGGAUCUUGGUGUCCCAUCAGACUAGCAUCAUCCACGAAAAUCCUCCUGUAGGGAGCUUGGAAAAACCUCCAGUAGGGCUGUUAACACUGAUGAGAGAUCUUGUAUGCCAAGGAUAUUCAUCUGUGCAAUCUGGGGGAGCAGGGCAAGGCAUGAGAUAAAGGAUUUAAGAGGACUUCAGUCUCAGACAGGUUGUCAGUAUUUGAACAGACCACAUCAUGCGUGAGUACAAGUUAGUGGUCCUCGGGUCAGGAGGCGUGGGGAAGUCUGCUCUGACUGUACAGUUUGUUCAGGGAAUUUUUGUUGAAAAAUAUGAUCCCACAAUAGAAGAUUCGUAUAGAAAGCAAGUGGAAGUAGACUGUCAACAAUGUAUGCUUGAAAUCCUCGAUACUGCAGGGACGGAGCAAUUUACAGCCAUGAGGGAUCUCUAUAUGAAGAAUGGUCAAGGGUUUGCACUAGUAUAUUCUAUUACCGCACAGUCCACAUUUAAUGACUUACAGGACCUGAGGGAACAGAUUUUACGGGUUAAGGACACUGAAGAUGUUCCAAUGAUUCUGGUUGGCAAUAAAUGUGACCUGGAAGAUGAACGUGUAGUCGGCAAAGAACAGGGUCAAAACUUAGCAAGACAGUGGUGUAACUGUGCCUUUCUAGAAUCGUCUGCAAAAUCUAAAAUCAACGUUAACGAGAUCUUUUAUGACCUGGUCAGACAGAUAAACAGAAAAACACCAGUGGAAAAGAAGAAGCCUAAAAAGAAAACAUGUCUGCUGCUUUAGAUCCCCACUACGCAGCAGCUCUGAGCAGAUUGCAGGAAUGAAGAACUGUUGCCCAAUUGGAAAGUGCCAGCAUUCCAGACUUCAAAAAAAAUGACAUAAAUUAACGACAUAUCUGAAGAGGCUUCUCUUGUUUUUAUAUAUUAUGUGAAGAAUUUAGAUCCUAUCAUGGUUUGCACAAGGUCCCUGGAAAAAGAAAUUGCUCUGUGUAUAUCUCUUGGAAAAUUAAGACAAUAGUAUUUCUCCUUGCAAUAGCAGUUAACAGAUGUGAAGAUAAAUAUAAUUGACUCUAGUGUAUGAUUAUACAAAAGAGCAUGGAUGCAUUUCAGAUGUUAGAUAUUGCUACUAUAAUUACAAUUUCAUAUUGAUCUUUUUAUCAUAAUUCUUCCCCAUCAAGCACUAAAAAUGUUCAACCAUUAUACUUUAUAUCUAUAAACUAUAUAGAUAUAUAUGAUAUGAAAUUUCCCUUUGAACUCACUGCAGCAAAUAACUUUUUGAGUCAUUUGACUUCAUUUUAUAUUUAAAAGUUAUGGAAUAUCAUAAUUUUCAUUCUGCCAUAAUAUUCUAAUUAAAAUGUUUGUGCAUAAUGCUUUGGAAAAAUGGGUCUUUUAUAGGAAAAAAAACUGGGAUAACUGAUUUCUAUGGCUUUCAAAGCAAAAAUAUAUAAUAUACUAAACCAACUCUAAUAUUGCUUCUUGUGUUUUAAUGUCACAGAUUAAAUUACAGCUUUUAUGAAUAAUUAAAUUUUAGUACAUUUUCA